AACGUAGUUCCUAAACAAAACGAGAGAAGACAGUUGGCUGGUGCACUUUGGUGAGAGACGUUGUUGGUGAUUCCCUUGUGUCGACAUAUUCUGUUUGGUGUUCUAAAUAAUCCUAAAAUAUCACAAUGGCAGACCAACUCACUGAAGAACAAAUCGCUGAAUUCAAAGAAGCUUUCUCGCUGUUCGAUAAAGAUGGUGAUGGCACAAUCACCACCAAAGAAUUAGGUACCGUCAUGAGAUCACUUGGACAGAAUCCUACAGAAGCUGAAUUACAGGAUAUGAUCAAUGAAGUAGAUGCUGAUGGUAACGGCACUAUCGACUUUCCUGAAUUCCUGACGAUGAUGGCGCGCAAAAUGAAAGAUACAGACAGUGAAGAAGAGAUUCGCGAAGCAUUCCGAGUAUUCGAUAAAGACGGAAACGGUUUCAUAUCCGCGGCGGAAUUGCGUCAUGUAAUGACCAACUUGGGUGAAAAACUGACGGACGAGGAGGUCGAUGAAAUGAUCAGGGAGGCCGAUAUCGAUGGGGACGGUCAAGUCAAUUACGAAGAGUUUGUCACCAUGAUGACUUCAAAGUGAAGAAUCAACAGAUGCAUUUUCAGCUUUCCAUUGUUUCAUCCCGGCCCAAUGUCUACAUUUUUCAACAUCUCGAACUUUUUGCUUUGUGGUCGGGCCCAUUAAAAGUGAAUAACUUCAAGGUUAUUUAAUUUACAAGACAUGUUUAAUUAAUAAAAAUAUUUAUAAAUUAAUAUAAUUGUGUAAAUUUUUGUAAUAUAUUUAUUUUUGAGUUCUUGGAAGGUCGGGAGUGCCUUCAAUAUAAGGUGCCCGCUAUUUCAAGUCAUUGCUACAUUCGUGUCUAGUUGAAAUUUUAAAGUUACUCACAAGGUAUGAAAACGUACUUAUUCCGAAAAUGAAUUAUUGUUCUAUUUGAUGUUAGUUUCAGGGGAUACAAAAUUAGCCAUGUUUUUUUUUCAUACUUUGUGAUACAAGAAUACAUCUGUGCACUUACUAUAUAGUAUGUAUCCCCCGAAUUUUUUUCAAUUCUUGAAUUGUAGGUUUUACAUUUUUUAGUCUAGAGUUUGUUCAAAUUAUUGAUGAAAUAUAUCCAUUUCUGAUACCACCCUUUGAUGAGAAUCGUGAAUGUGAUUCAUUUUCUGGUUUCCAAUAGAGGAUUGAGAUUUUUAGAAAGAAGAAAUUUGUAAAGGACUUUUCAAGAUUGACCCUAUUUAACGAAGUUUGUAUUUAAUCCACUUGGACUAGUUUUAUAAUCUGAAGUAAAUAACUGAAGGUUACCUUAUGAAACCAUUAGGUGUGUGAAUUUGAAGUAAAUAUGACUAAAAAAUAUUUUACCUGUGAAUUACUAGUACCGUCAGUUUUUAUGUUUAAAAAUCUUUUUUUCCUUUAAAAUAAAGUCUGUAAAAGCC